AUGUCUUCCAGCCCGCACAUUAUCUUCCUGUCCCAGAGUGUCUUGGGUGUUUCUGAUGGGGAAUCCCCACCGGACGUGUCUCUGUGCGGGUCCCGGUUGUGUCAUGAGAUCGCACACUCCUGGUUUGGUUUGGUCAUCGGGGCGCAGGACUGGACUGAGGAGUGGAUCAGUGAAGGCUUUGCCACCUACUUGGAAGAUAUAAUUUGGGCCCAUGCUCAGAAACUCUCAGUGGAGGAGGCAGCAGAACAGUCCGACCUCAAGGCACUGCUGCGGUGGAGACGUCUUUCAGAUGAGCUCCAGAACUCACAAGAACAACUGCAAAUCCUCCGACCCAACCUGGACAGUACUGGUGCAGUCAAUGAGUCUGGAUCGUCCACAGUCAAACAUGCUCUCAACCCGGACAAAACAUUCAUGCAAGUCCAUUAUCUAAAGGGCUUCUUCCUUCUCACAUUUUUGGCCAGUCAAGUCGGAAAGCAACAGUUCAUCGACUUCUUCCGGGUAUUUGUGAAGAAGUACCACGGGCAGCUCAUCCUCUCUCAGGACUUCCUGAAAAUGGUGCUGUUUACCUUUCCCGACAUCGAGCGGAAAGGCCUGACCCUCAGCACUAUUUAUGCUGACUGGCUCGAUCGCCCGGGAAUUCCAACGGAGCUGGCCGGACGAGGCCCCGAAUCAUUGACAGCCUUCUCAGCCAACCACUGA